CUUCCCUCAACCAAUGAAAUGUGCCCUGUGCCACUGGCUGCAACACAACCCCAAAGCAUGAUCGAGCCACACCCAUGCUUCAGAGUUGCAGAAGUGUUCUUUUCCUGGAAUUUGGCACCCUUUUUUCUCCAAACAUACCUUUGCACAUUGUGGCCAAAAAGUUCUAUUUUGAUUUCAUCAGUCCACAGGACUUGUUUCCAAAAUGCAUCAGGCUUAUUUGCAAACUUCAGACGCUGAAUUUUGUGGCUCGGACACAGGAAAGGUUUUCUUCUGAUGACUCUUCCAUGAAGGUCAUAUUUGUUCAGAUGAACCUUUGCCCAUUGCUUCCCUUCGACUUUUGGCCCCUCCUCUGAGACUUGUCUCUGCGGCCAUGUGGAAAGUGAUGCAGCAGCGGGAUGCGAUGCACUAUGGAAAGCUGGAGGAGUUUGUGACGUCCGUCUCGGAGACUGUACCUAGGUUACUGAGUUAUAGACAUCAGGCCAAGCUGACUGUGGGUCUGCUGGCACGGAUGAUCCUGGAGCAGCUCCGUGUGGCCCAGACUCCUGAGCUCAUUCUCCCCCAGCUAGAGAGACUGCGUGCUCCUGCCUUGCCCAACAGUAAAAGAAUGAGAAUUGAUGAGAAAGUGGAGAUGGCUGUGAAGAAUUUCCACACGCUUGUACAAACUCUGCUCAAGAACCCAGUAGAGAGAGAGCAGUUCUUCAAGGAAGAGUUUGACCUUCAGUAUGGACCUCAGUAUGACUCCGCACUGGAGAAGCUGCUGUGGGAGUUUCUGACCAGACUGGACCAGCUGCUUCCAGUCCCAGAUCUGGGUCAGACCGUAUCAUGGCUCACUGCAGCUCCGGCUGUUCUGGAGGAGUGUGCACGCUCUGCAUCACAGCCGCAACUCCUCAGAACUCUACUGCAGCAUGAGAAGUGUCUUGGACACCUGGACUCUGCAGCAUCUGUUCCAUCAUUCACUGGGGACUCCAUCUUCUCCUCACUGUCCCUCCCUCUCUCAGGCAAAGUGCGAGAUAGCAACCAAUCAGAAUCAAAUCCCACACCAAAAAAGCUCCCAAGUCCCAGCUCAUCAACACAAAAAUCCAAUAAGAGACAAGUGAGAGGAACUGGGUCCCCCAUCACACCAGUUAUUGGCUCAAUAUCAACUGCAGAUGUCUCACAUUCAGCUUCAGCCAAUCAGAAUGUGGAAUCCAUUUCAGGAAAGGACGGCGUGGAAGUAGAUAAAGGUGUUUCUAAUUACAUGAGGGUCAAAUCAAGGUCAUGCCAGAAGAUUGAGGCUUUAGGGAACGUUCCAAAUGAGGAACAUUGUGUAGGGAAGGUGCUGAUGACCGUGAUCAGUCAAAUGUCCACACCUACGAGCAGUGAAGUCGAGGAGGAGGAGGAUGAAUCUCAAAACAGACCACUGAGAAGAAGUAGUAGGAAGAGUGGCGUAAAAGAUGAACGAGGGAUGAAAAACAAUGACAAAAUGCUGGACUUGGGAAGGAAGAGGAAAAGAGAAGAUACCAGUAAGACAUCACUGAGAAAUUCCCAGGAGACCAAGCCACAGGAAGUGGAAGGUCUGCAUGCUGACUUUGCUUCUUGUAUGAAACGUCAGCUUAGCAUCAUCAUCCCAAGACUGGACAUGAAAGAUUCCACUCAGACAGUGUUGUUGAACACCACGCCCAAUGAGAAACAUGCUACAGCGUCUCCGAGGCAACCUGCCUCUGAGGGCGUGAACCGAAAGAAGCAGCUCCGUCUCUUCGAGACCCCUGAGAAGACCCUGACCGGCAAUAUUGAUCAGCAAGUAUAUGCUGGCUCUCCCUGCAUCCCCACACUCAUGCCUUUAAGGAUGGAAAUUUCAGACACAGCCUCUCCUGUAACUGAAUACACAGAUGACAUUAUUGUAGAUUCAGAAGAUGAGGCCACUGAGAAAGUUAAAGGAAGGCUGUUUAGAAAGCGAUAUUGCAAGACAAAGAGUGACACGUAUAUUCCCACUUUAAACGAGUUCUGGACUCCUGCCUUCUUCCGCCGUGACCUCCUCUCUCCAGGAAAUGGGUGCAGAUGAGGAUCGGUAUAAUGACCAUUCGGCUGGAUUAUGACCAGCUGUUUUAAUGUAGCUUUUUUUUUUUAAAUUGUUCAUACAUGUAGGCAUUCCCAAUUUUUUUUAAUAAUUAUACAACAGCUCUGUAGUAAUAAUUGUGCUUCAUAUUGCAAAACUUUUUUUUUUUUUUUAACUUUUCCAAAAAAACUGCAGAGGUCUGUGUGAGACUAGAUAUUUAUGCAUGACAGUACGUUUUUUUAUAUAUUUUAUUAUAAUAACCAUGAUUGAUACUACCUAUGUAAAA